AUGGUGAAGGCUCCCACAUCUUAUUCCCACGCAACUGCGAACCUGGGUCACCAGACUGAAAGGUUGAAGUUCCGAGAAUGCCUGUCCGAAUCAUUUCAAUGUAUUCUAUCGCCUUUCAGGGAUGGCUGUUUGAAUCCGUCAGGGCCAAGCACUUCCAUCGACCUUUUCCGGAAUAUGGUUGAAGAACUAAUAAACGUCCAAGGUCCAGUCAAGAGCUCUGGGAAGAAUAAUCGUGCUUGUCGUGCCCAUGUGCGACCCGCGUUGAAGCGCAAGGAUUUGCAGGAGGCUCGAAGUCAAAUUCCUGGCGCUCAUCUUCUGUCAUCUGUCUUCGGUGUCUUCCUUGAUGAGGCCCAGGAGCUCCCGCUUACUGUAUAUGCGGCGGUGGACUCCUCGAGAGAAAGAUCCUGCUCUGGCAUUGCUCGACCUUCUGUGAACGCGAGAUUGACAGCUGAGAAACCUUCGAGCAUUUCCAGAUACGUUGCAAGAAAAGAGAGGGGUGGUCAGAAUAAAUGCAAGGCUCUAUCAAAAUCGACAGAAGUCUGCGGAUCGAUUUGCAGUACGAUGGCUUCUCAUGAAGAUACGAAGCUUUUGGCAACAAUACCUAAUAACAAUGGACCCGGAAGCAUUUCGACACCUUGGGCAACUUACUCGCGUGGUCAUUUGAAUGUAGGUAGGUCAUCGCCGACUUGCAUGCCGUGUUGGGGUGCAUACAACAGACAUUCUUGGGCCAGUGUGAUGGGUGUCAGUCUUCAGGAUUCUGCUUCAUUGACGCCGCGUGGAAACGGCGUGCGUCGCGCUCCAGAUGGCCGCACACACUGGCAGCAGGCCACUCUCUCUAAGCUGAACGACCGAAGCAGACGCCACGUCCAUGCUUGUAGGAUAUCUUGGGACGAAGAAGAGGCGAGAGAAAGCAGAAGCUGGACUGCUGAAACAGCGGGUAUAUGUUGGGCGGUGUCGCUAGUGGUGAACAAAUGUCCAUUUCAGCCUGACGUUCCUCGUGCACUGGCCGUUGCCGCUUUCACAGGCGUGUCGUUCUUCACUUCACAAGGCCUCUUGACGGCUUUUGAUGUACUGCUUGGGGGGGGGGGGGGGGGGUGCUUUGAGGCCGAGUCUACUUUCCAGCGAUUAUAG